CCUAUAUACAAGUAGUUUACUCAAAGAUCAUGUUUAAUGAUUGAGAUUAGAUUGAAAUGUGAGAUAAAAUUGAAUUGCAUUAAAUUGAAGAAAAUAACACGAAUGCAUUGAUGUGUUUGAUACGAAACAUUAUAGAAUUAUGAUCAUAUCCAACUCAUCGCUCUUCUAGCCGAUAUUAUUGGUACGAUGUUAUGCGGCACGAAUAGGUUCACCUGUCAAAUCGAGUAUGUUGACAGCUGCUCUCCCAAAUCCAAUGUGGACUAUUUCUUUUCUUCUUAAUCAAAACCAAAUCAAUGGUAAUUUGUGUGCCAAUAUUAGGGUUUAUAGUGUAAUUUUAUCAAAAACAGAAACUAGCCUCUAAAACACUUUCUCACAUCACGUGCCAACACAUCUUUUGACACGUGCAACCAGAGGCCCAAUGAGGCCUAAGUGACCGAAAGCCCAAAUUAUAGGGGCUUAAAUUUAAACUGAAAUUUGGAAGGGGCCGCGCGAACGCAGGCCCCCACUGCCACAAAUUAUGACGUUGGCUCUCCCACGUUGGGGAGACCAUAGGCGGGCACCCCUCCUAAGUGCAAUGGAGGUCACCAACCCAGGCCAUGGGCCUUCUUGAUCACCCAUAGACCCCGUCCAGGUAAGUAUGGAGCAAUUGUCCUCCUCGACCCUUUUUAUAAUCUCUCUUCGCUCGCACUCGGCUUCACUCUGUCGAUGUGGGAUAUAACAACCACCACCGACUAAAACUCUAAAACCCAAAAAAGAACAGAAGAACACUCUCAGGGUGACGAGUCGUGGAAAGAUGAAGGAGCUACUGAGGUCGUUCACUGUGAGUUUUUGUGCUUCUGGAAGCUUGGAGGUGUUAGGGGUUAUAGCGCGGGGAGGAAAGACCUUCGGAUUAAGGGGGUUAAGCAUACCAUAGCCGUUGCUUCUGGUAAAGGGGGUGUGGGCAAGUCCACCACUGCAGCUCUUUGGCUUAUUUUUCCGAUUGAAAAAGGAAGAAUCUUUGCCUUAUUGGGUGCUGGAGUUGUGAGUUAAUCUGGCUGUUGCACUUGCUAACAAGUGUCAAAUGAAGGUUGGCUUGCUUGAUGCUGAUGUAUAUGGACCAAAUGUUCCAAUCAUGAUGAAGCUCGACAAAAUGCCAGAAGUGAAUGAAGUCCGCUUGUGGGCUCUGCAGAAUACAAGUCCUCUAAUCAAGUAUCACUCUGCAUCACAACGUGGGCACAUUAAAUCUGAUGUUAUCUUUAUUGUGAAGCAAACAUCUAAUAAAAAAAUGGUUCCAAUUGAGAGCUAUGGAGUCAAGUGUAUGUCGAUGGGACUUCUUGUGGCCAAGGAUGCCUCACUUGUUUGGAGAGGUCCUAUGGUAUCAAGUGCUCUUGAACAAAUGACAAGGGGGGUUGACUGGGGAAAUCUUGAUGUUCUUGUGGUAGAUAUGCCCCCUGGGACUGGUGAUGCUCAUAUUACUGUAUCCCAAAGGCUGCAGUUAUCAGGUGCAUUAAUUGUUUCAACACCUCAAGAUGUUGCAUUAAUGGAUGCUCGGAGAGGAAUUAACAUGUUCUCUAAAGUCGAAGUUCCGAUUUUGGGAAUUGUAGAGAACAUGAGCUGUUUUAAAUGUCCAAACUGUGCUGAACGCUGGUUCAUUUUUGGGGAAGGAGGGUCUCGUAAGACGGCCGCUGAGAUGGGUGUGGAUUUUGCUGGCGAGAUACCAUUAGAAGUGGGGAUAAGACAAGGCUCCGACGACGGUGUCCCAAUAGUAAUAUCGGCACCUGAUUCUGAUGUCUCCAAAGCAUAUGUUGAUAUGGCUCAGAAAGUUGUCGACAGACUUGAGGAAUUGUCAAAGGAAGAACAAUCUCGUCCACAGUUUAACCUUUGAUUUUGUGCUGUCCACUUUAGCAGCUGAAUGAAACCUUUGCUACACAUUCAGCAGGGCAGUAGUGGCAGAUUCACUUGUGCAUGCGUGCUUUUUGUAAUUUUUCCUUAACAUUAUUAGAGCUGUCUUGACCUGCGAGUUAAGUAGGGAAAAUGCCAAGUCCUUUUUAGCCCUAGCGGUAAAGGGAGGGUGGACUUGGUUAUGGAAAUUUGUCCCAUUCUGCAAGUGACUUGUAGCUCAACUGAUUUAAAGUAGUAACUGUCCUACUCGAGAUCUUAUGUUCGAAUUCAUGACCUCCAAUAUCGCGUGUAUCAACAAUCAUGGUCAUGUUUGCAGUAGGUGCACCUGGAAACCCUAAUUGAAGUGUUUGUAGUAGGUACACUUCCCAAGAAGUCCUUAAGGUGCUGGAUAUUUUGAGGGUUAGAACCAAUUUGCAUGUAUUCUUCUUUUACCUUUGCAAACUUGCGUUUCCAUCCAA